AUGGAAGAAGACCAUCAAGAGAAGAAACACGUGUGCAAAUACUGCGGUAAGCGCUGCCGCAGUGGGAAAUCGCUGGGAGGUCACUUGAGGUCUCAUAUGCGUCUGUUUCUGGAAGAGUCGCCUCAGCCUGAUGCCAAGCGGAGAUGGAGAAGGAAGCUAUUUCCCCUUCGCAACAAAAAGUUGAAGAGGAAGGAGGAGGACGUGGAAGCUUUUGUAGCGUCUUUGGACCCUAAUCAUGAAACAUGCCCUUCGCUGAUAGUGUCCAAAUUGAUACGGGAACGAGCAAUUGGGUGCCUGGCCGCACUUCUCGAACGCAAAAUUCCUCACAAUCGCUUGGAUCUGUUUGAUGACCGCCGCGAACCCUUCAUAUUUUAUGCGGCUCAGAGGGGGUUCUAUGGAGCAGUCGAUUUGUUUUUGCGUCACGGGGUUCCUCCUAGUGCUAGGUUACCAGCAGCAUGGUUUCGUCGACGAGAGCUGCUUCCCAUCGAUUACGCACUAUAUACCAGCUGCGACGACCAGUGGGAUCUGGAAACCGAGGAGAAUGGUUAUUAUCAGCAAAGGCUCUGCACUUUGAUGCUCUGGCUUCCCAAAUGGAUCAGUGAAUAUUUCGACUGGUGGCGCACGGUCAAGCUGCUGGCUCAGACCACCGAACAGGGGAUUCUGGAGAUGAGGAUUUUCCGGUAUGCAAGAAACGGCCAAGCGGCCAAGCUGCUCUGGCUCCUGCUUGCCGUCCCCGACCGAGUUCUCUCCCCAACAUUCUUCAGGGGCACGAUUCUCCAGCAGCGGUUUGGAACCGCCUCCUUGUCCCUCCGCGAUUUCCUGAUUGCUCAGCUUGCUUUUGUCACUGGAGUUGGCCUCACCGUCGAACCCAAUCGUCGUCCCCAUCCUGACGGGAUCCGCGGCGACGUGCUGUACAAGAAAUCGAGUCUCACUUGUUCCCUGCGGUUGCUUGAAGUCUUCCGCAGGGCUGGGCCUCAAUUGUGUCGCUUAAUGGAAAUGUUAGAGAAGGAAAAGCAAAGAAGAAAAGAGCAAGGGGAAACGUAUCCUUAUCCGGAUUACACAAUUGCUCAACAGUUCAAGACUGUGCUCAAGGAAGCUGGCUUCCCUGUGGCUUCUCUCCGUUGUCCGGUCAGAACUGCUCACCGGAGUCACAAGGAGGAGACUGACUACGGCUGGCUUCCCCAGAGAGACGACUACCCUGAGUUGGAGUUUUUGAUUCGACCACCGCAUGCCCACAGAAGUGAAAUUCUUGAUUCAGGCUUCAACAAGGCCAUCGAGAAGUUGUGCCAGCAUCCUCACCUUAAGGAAUGGACAUCCCAAAUGUCCAUUUUCAAGUUGCUUUUCAUACUCUGCCUCCCUGACGUGGUAGAAAACAUGCAAUCUGUGUUACGAUUCGAGGUCAAGGAUGUCAACCCUUCGAAUAUAAUCCAACCUGCGUAUCUUGCUGACUUAUGCUUUAUUUACGUCACCGAGGGGCGAAUCGUUGAAUUCACUUCUGCUCUAGUGGCUACUCAAGUUCAUCUUCAGUUGGAGUAUCCACUAUGUCCUAAAAUGUUUUAUGAUGAUGGUGAUUAUAGUUACAAGUCUGCCACCCCCACCGUAUAUGAAUCAUUGUUGCAUGCCAUGACGAGAGUGCUUGAUGAAGAAAUUAGUUUAAUUGGGAAACCGAAGGACAAUGACUAUGUUCAAGUUUGCAAGGAGAAAAAGGCAUUGAUAUCUUCUGCAUUUCUACUAACAAAGAUAGUCGAAAAAUCUGCAAAAGAUAUUCAUUGUUAUCUUCACUCGUCAAGAUAUAAGGAACUUGGUGAUUUGAAGCUCAUAGUAAAAGAUGUUGCUGCCUUACUUAGAAAACGCAUGGGCUUUGUGUUACGAUCUCGGCAUACUUGUGUGAACGACCUGAAAUGUUUCUUAAACAAAUCAGGUAUCGGAGAAUCCGAUUUAGAAGGAAAAUUAUCAUCAUUUGGACCACUUUCGAAGAGAGUAAAGCCGUCGACGGUUUCUAAAAGAACAAUUGAAGGAUCAACAUUCCUUGCUUCAUCCAUUAGCAAACUUUCAGCUCGCUCUUAUCACUCAUACCAAAUUUCAAGGUUUGAAGGAUGUAAGGCCUCAUUACCGUCGAGAAACCGGGUAAAUUUUGUUGUGAAAAAGCUGGAGGCAACAAAACGAUUAGACACUAUGUCGAGGAAGAGUUGGAGGUUCUUGGCCGUGAUCACGAGAGUAAUGACCUGGUUCUAA